CUUGCGUUGUGUGAGCCAAGGCGGGUCAGCUCCCAAAGCUACCUGGGUAAGGCCCAAGAUGGCUUCUCUCGCUGUCACUGCCGUUUGAGGGACUGUGCCCUAUGUCUUUGAAAUCCACACCUGCUCCCCAUUUUUUUCGGCUAGUUUGGUGUCCUGUUGAGGUGGACAGGCAGGACAGUAAUGGCAGGGGGUCUCCCUUGGGCGGCAAGUAGGAGCCUAUGUGGCUGGCUACCCUUGGCGUGCAGAAGCUUCUCUCUGGGUGUUCCGCUAUUGGCCCGUGUCCGGCUCACUCUUCCACCUCCCAGGGUGGUUGAUCGCUGGAACGAGAAGAGGGCUCUUUUUGGUGUAUACGACAACAUCGGAAUUCUAGGGAAUUUCGAAAAGCACCCGAAAGACCUGAUCAAGGGGCCGUCAUGGCUUCGCGGCUGGAGAGGAAAUGAGUUGCAGCGUUGUGUCCGAAAGAAGAAAAUGGUUGGAAGCAGGAUGUUCGCUGAGGACCUGCAGAACCUCAACAAGCGCAUCAGCUAUCUCUACAAACGUUUCAACCGUCGUGGGAAGUACCGAUAGGACAGAUAGAAAGCGGGCAACUCUGGAGCCAUACAUUUGUCACCCUGGGGACAAGGACUUUUCCCAGCAGGGAAAGCGCUUUGUGUGCUCGCUGUAAUAAAAUGGGGCUUCUCUGGAGUCUGAUAUGCA